GAAGAACAACAACAACCAAAAAGUUGAGUGUUCCCAUCUGUGAAAUUUUUAUUCUUUGUUCGAUUGGAAAGGUUAGUUGUUUCCCGAAAAUAGGCCAAAGUGGGUUUCCAUUUAAUUAUUAGGCUUCCAAUUCAAGGAAGUAGAAGAGAUCGAGCUGGUGUUUCUUUCUUUUUUAGAGUUGAGUUGGAGUGAAACCUGCGACAGUAGUAGUAACUAAGGAAGGAAGAAGAUGAUGAUGAUGGUCCAUCAUGACAACCGUGGCCAUCCAGAUCAAAGAUGUGACGGUGAAGACGGUCCCACGUGUAACAGACCCCCUGGUGUUGCAGAACCAGGAGCUGGUAAUUCUUCUAGUACCAGUAGUGGAGGUUCAGUUUUAAGAAGCCUGCAGCCUUUUCAGUACUUAUCGAAUACAAAUUCUCCUCAUCAUCACACCUCAACCUCUCUCAGAUCCCCAGGAGGGAUGACGACAGCAACAGCAGCUUUGGGUUUUCCUUUCACAAACCAACAGUGGAAGGAGCUUGAGAGACAAGCCAUGAUUUACAAGUACAUGAUGGCGUCUCUCCCUGUUCCUCGUGAACUCCUCUUUCCCGCCGCCACCGCCUCAGCCACCUCUGUUUCUCAAUCUCCAUUGAGCGGAGGUGGGUUCAAUUUGAGGCUGUCGAAUAGUUCGGAUCCCGAGCCGGGUCGGUGCAAAAGGACUGACGGGAAGAAAUGGAGGUGCUCGAGAGAUGUUGCGCCGGACCAUAAGUACUGUGAGCGCCACAUGCACCGAGGCCGUCCCCGUUCAAGAAAGCGUGUGGAAAUUCAUGCCAGCAAUACAACCACCACUGCUACCACCGCCGCCGCUAAGAGAGUUCGCUGUGACAACACUAUUUCACCACUAUGUGCUCCGACUCUCUCGAUUCCAAGCCACGAGAUCAGCAAGAAUUGCCACCCGGCUCAGUUUUUCGGAUCUUCACUCCAACCAUUUCAUCAAACUAGUGUAAAGUCUGGACCCUUUAGUGGUGGUGGUGGUGGUGUAAACUCUGUUUCAUCAGACAGAGCAGUCAGAGGAGUGGAGUGGAUGAUGAAAAGUGAAGCGGUUCCGAUGAGUAGCUCGGAUUCGCAAUGGCAAGAUUUGAUGCAGAGCAACAGAACAGAGCUGAGCCGCUGCUCUAGAAUCCCUUACUUUGAUGCGAAUGCUUCUGUUUUCGGGCAACGUUCUGAGCAAGAAUGUUUCUUGAAUCUGAAUUCUUAUGCAAACUUCACGGCCGGAGAUGGUCAUCAUCAACAAGACGGUAGUGAUUGUAAUAUGUUUCUGAAUCCUGAUGUGGACGCUUUGGAAAAUCCUCUGCUUGAAGAAACCCCGAGGAGUUUCAUUGAUGCUUGGCCCAAAAACGACAAUGGAGACAGCAAGAGCUCUCUUCCUUCAAGCGGGCAGCUCUCGCCUGCUUCGUUGACACUGUCAAUGGGAGGCUACAACUCCAUCAGUGACGAAAUGUGUCAGACUCAGAUGAGCUUGGGGUGUAACGAUGGGAGUGGGAAUGGGAUUAAGCCUCAAAUCUCGACCUGGCUCACUCCUUCGUCUUGGGUUUCUUCUCCGCCUGGUGGGCCUUUAGCCGAGGUGUUGAAGCCAACCACCAGCACCGCCUCUAAUCCGUCGUCUCCGAUUACCACUAAUGGUAACCACGGCGAGUUUAGUAGCCCUUUGGGGAAUACAGUGUCGUCACCGUCCGGGGUUCUUCAGAAAACGCUUGCUUCAUUCUCGGAUAGCAGUGGAAAUAGUAGCCCAAAUCUUACAAGUUCGAAGGCCAAGACAGAGAUUGUUUCUCUGUGGCUGAAUCAGAGCAAAGCAUAGUUUUAUUCAGAUGAUCAUGCAUGUUGUUUCGGCUUAGUUUGGUGUAGUUCUUUCACUACACACAGGAUUUUGGAUUUUGUUUUUUGAUAAAAUAAAAAAAAGGAUUUGAUCAUUCGUGUUUCGAGCUUUCUUGGUUAAUGAUCAGAACCUUAGUUCCAUCACUUAUAUGUCUUAAUCUAUGUAGGGGACAA